UUAGUCAAUUUGUGUAGGAAUGUCCAAUAUUUAUUUAUUAUUUACUCAAGGGUUUCCCACAGAUUCCCCUUAAAGGAUGUUCUGAUAUUGACGGAGAUUGUAUGGAGCCCCAACUAUUUGUGGAAGAAACGUACUGCGGUUACAACAAUAUGACAUCAUUAACGAUGUACACAAUUAACAAUAAAUCUCUAGCAACUUCUCUCCAUGACGGCUGCGCUGUUGAUUUUGAUGAACCACUUAAUUUAAAUAACACAUUUUAUAUCGAAUGUGAUACGGAAACUAGUUGCUUUGAUGAAUCAAAAGAAAUUAGUAGAGAGACUUAUUACCUAGAGUGCGAAGAAGUGGAUAUAUUUAGUAAAGAAAUAAUGAUUUCAAAAGAGCAUAAUGAAAGUACGACAGAGUCGUUUUUACUGACAAAUGAAACUACAACAGAAUUCUAUGAUAAAACAACAGCUGCACAUGGAAGUUCAUCAGAAGUUUAUAUAUUUACAAAUGAAACUAUCACGGAUCCUGAUGGUCUAUUGAGAAAUGGUCUUGUAAAUUCAACAAAAGUUGAUGUGGAUACCGAAUCUUCCACAGCAGUUGAAAGCAUAUCGAAAAAUGAUAUUGCGAUUUCGUCAGGAGCAGGGUUCACAGCGGAAUCUACCACAUCAGUUGAUGACAUAUUGAACCAUGAUGUUGCCAAUUCGGCAAAGGUUAAUUUGUUUACAACUACAACUAGUAUAACUACCACAGAGCUUAAUAAUGAAUUGAAAGAUAAUCAUAAUUCAUCAAAAGGAGAUAAUAUGUUUGACAAUGAAACGUCGAUUGAGCAUUAUGAUGUAUUGAAAGAUAUUAAUGCGAAUUCUACAAUAAUAAAUGCAUUAAGUAAUAAUACUGAUGCUCGUAUAUUAACGGCAGCUACGGAGAAUUCGUCUGACUCUAAUAAUAUCUUGGCUAUUCUUGGAUAUUCUUUAGCAGGGAUUGGAGCAACAUUGGCGUUAGCUUUCGGAGCAUAUAGAUUCAAAAAUGCUGUGCAAUCAGGAAGCUACUUAAUUCCUGAAACAUCAAGUCCACCGGGUUUUAUAGAGCUAGCAUGAGUUGUGCUGUAUCGCAAUGCUAUAUCGAAGGAGUGACAACAUUCCAGCCACUGAUUGAAAGGGCUCUCCGAACUUCAAGACUUCUACACUAUCUACGCGUUGACUGUGCGUUUCUCCAAAAACUUCUUGCCUCACACGGCUAAACUGUUUAAUGAAUGUUGCCAGCGGUAUUUCCGGACCGAUAUGACCUUCACUCACAAAAUUCGGCAAUCGUGAAAAAUACAAUCGCAUACACCCUUAUGCCUGGGCCGUAUCCUUGUUGUAUAAUGGAAUUAUUAAAUACCAUUGCAAGUCACAAGCAAGGUGAUAUAUUACUCCGGGACAAAGACUGCUGCUAUUUAUAUAAAGCGCAAGACAGACCCCAUAUGGAGUAUUGCUGUGCCCCAGGAGCAACUGCAUUCCAGCUUGGACCCUUCUACUCAGUCCAAAGGCGCGCUGUACGAGUCGUCGACGAUCCCAAACUCCUUGACAUGAUGCCAACGGCCGAUUUCUAUCACCGCACCGCUCGCCGUCGGCAGGGUGUUCA